CCUCAGAAGAAACCGGGGAAGUGAUUCCGUCUCACAUGUAACCCAAGUGACCUCAGGUUUCAAUGCGUGCUCUUUGGUUGUAAGUCGUUGUGAAGCUGUAAAACAUCACCGAGGUCCUUUCGCAAUUAUAAUAUACCGUUUACAGCUAAAAGUGACUAGCGUCGUGUUUUAAAUGGCUACUAUCCAGGAGCUGUCUCCAGACUCUAUCCGUGGGGAGACGCGACCCCCCGAAGACGAGAUCGAGGGUGAUGAUGAGGAUGAAGAGUUGGAUGAAACCCUUUUGGAGAGGCUGUGGGGUCUCACAGAGAUGUUUCCAGACUCGCUACGAUCAGCAGCUGAAGUUUCUGCACAGUGUUCGCUAUCUGUAGCCAAAAAAUUUUACAGUUUCUCCCGUUCAGCUCUAUGGGUCGGUACUACUUCCUUUAUGAUUCUGGUUCUGCCGGUCGUCUUUGAGACUGAGAGGUUACAGCUGGAACAGCAACAACUACAACAGCAGAGACAGAUUUUGUUGGGUCCAAAUGCUGGCAUGUCUGGAGGAAUGCCUGGAAUGAUGGCUCCUGCUCCUGGGAAGCUGUGAUGAUGUGUAUAUAUUGUAACAUCCAUGAGUUGUAGAAGAAGGGUAAAGAGUGAGGGAGCAGGAACUGGAGAAUGAUGUCACAAGAUGCUGUGGUUCGUCAAAAUCAUGAAGUCAUUACCCUGUAUAGUUUGUUUGUACAGUUGAGACCUUGAUGACUUUUUAUGAUCUUCCCUCUCUCUCUGCCUUUCUCACGAAACAUUCUGCAUAGACUGUCAUCCAAGCUCUGAUCUUAUACUUUUUUAUUAUAGCUAUCUAAUAACAUUUCUUUCAAAAAGAGAAUAUAGCAGCUUUUUGGAAUAUUUCAACUGUGUUGUAGGUGCGUUAUAUUUCUGAUAGGGUGUUCAUGGUGCAAUAUUGGCCCUUGAAAUGCUGGUUCAACACUGUCGAAAAUAUAUAACAGCAUUCAAAAGAUCUGUAGUAUUUAUGAGGGCACAGAAGGCCAAUGUCUGCAGAUUAUGGUUAUUUCUUGUUCUUGAUUUAAAAAAAAAAAAGUUAAAACCCUUAGAAGUGGUUCUCUACAAACAUUGUCUUUUACAGGUAGAACUGAUAUCAUGCAAAGCUUCUGCAAUGUUAUUCCUCAGAAAAAGCCAUAGAGUAUAUGCAGAACCAUUGUGAAAUAUUUAAAAUAAAAUGUUUCAAAGCAUUGUACAUUCUGUAGUGAAUAAUUACGUUUGCUCAACAUGACAGGAAUAAAAACAAGUCCUCCUCUGU